UCGGCCCGGCCCAAACUCUCCAAAAGCACGUUGUUUCUAUUUUCUCCCUUCCCUCCGGCGCCGCCGCCAAAGUCGUGCCAUGGCGCUCGCCGCCCUCGAGAGCUGCUUCCGCGCCGUCCCUCCCGAAGCCAUCCCCGCCGUCGUCGACUGCGUCCUCGCCUCUUCUUCUACCUCGCCGUCCCAGCUCUUCCACUCCCUCCUCGACUCCUUCCCCAAGGUGCACGCUCUCCAACCCAACCAUGGGCAUGGCCAUGCCGUUCCUCUCUCCCAUGCCGCCGCGCUUUGCCAUCUGCUCUCACAUCUCGGUGAAUCCAAGGAUGCUCUGCGCAUGCUGCUCUGGACCGUUUUCCUGCCGCUUCUUCUCCGGGAGGAUGUCCAGCUCCAACAGCAGGUCAUCUCGCUCAUGUGCGAUGCUGUCUCCAGCAACCAAUCCUGGGAGCUACUUGGAGAAACCAUCCUGCCAUUCUGCAUUCGAUCCUGUGCCGUCGCAAUGGAUUUGCCCAUCACCCAUGAGUAUGCUGCCGACGACUCCACCAUGUACUACUACCUCUGGGAUUGGGAUGCCGGGGAUGAUCACACAUCAGAGGCAGGGCUGCUGCCCCUUUCCAAGGCCACCACGCUCUUGGCUUCAUUGCUCGGACACGCAUUGAAAAGGAGAAGGAACACCCUCAGCCUGCUCCAGGAGGAUGCUGAUGCUUCCCUGGACUCACUGGUGAAGAACUUAACCUGGGACAUGUCCAGAUUGGUGCUCAAGAUGCUUGCCCAUGGCCAGGAGUAUCGCUCUUGCGCCACCAAGAACCUCCUUCAUCCUCUGUUAAUUUCAAUCACCCAUGUUUCUUCCGUCACUGUCAAGUUUGGCACAGUUCAGCUUAAGCUAUCCAGGUCUGGUUUCUUGGAAUCCAUUUGGAACUCCUGUGUUUCUCUGUUUUCUCUGGGCCGUGCCGAGCGGCUGGAUGCGUACGAUAUACUCUCUCUAUAUUUCUCGGCAUUGAAAUCAGGACAACAGUAUGCUGUCUUGGGAGCUAACCAAGUCCAGAACUUUGAUCUUAGGAACAUCACUGAAUUUUGGGAUGAAUUGCGGAGGGGACUGGUUGACAAGGAUUCUUUAGUAAGGAAGCGGGCUUUUUAUAUCUUGAAAAUAUCGCUAAGCAUAUUUUCUUCUGGAAAUGAUGAGAAUCAGCAAUGCUCUGCCAGGAGCCCAUCUGCUUUACCUGUUCAAGCCAAAUCAAAUACCGCUGUUACAAGAAAAGAAAGGUGGGCUAACAAAGAGGCCAAGUCCCUAGGCGUUGAAGAAAUCACGCAAUCAGGUGAACACUGUUCAAGUGGUCAAGAUCGAUGGAAGGUCUUCGUGUUACUCUAUGAGAUGCUCCAGGAGUUUGGGACACAUUUAGUCGAGGCAGCCUGGACACACCAGGUAAUGCUACUGUUUGAGUCUACACCGCAGGGUGAUUAUUUGAAUCACAUAUCAUAUAGAGCUUUUCAUGCUCAGAUGGAAUCAGUGGAAGGAAUUUUCCACUGGAUGACGGUACUGUGGGAGUGUGGGUUUAAUCAUGAUAAUCCACAAGUGCGGUGCCUGGUAAUGCAAUCCUUUUUGGAUAUUGCAUGGGAACACUACAAAGGCUACACUCAGAUGAUCCCAAGAGGCUUUGUGCUCGGUCCUCUCAUACGUGGUUUGAACGAUGUAGUUCACCACAAGGAUUUUGGCGUUGGUGGUGUUUAUAAUUCAGAAACUAUAAAAGGUGCAGAGAGGUUUUUCAGUAAUUAUGCCCGGGAAUUGAUGACCAGCGACCGUUUACAUCUGGUUUGGAAUUUGGCAUCUGCUGCUAAACAAGAUUCAUUUGGCCGGGCAGGAUUGAUGACACUUGCAUUUUGUGUUGCGUCAUGCGCAUGUCAGUCUGAUACACAAUACUUAUCAUGUGCUUCUGCUGUGAAAGAAUUGGCAAAAUGCAAUGGAGAUAUAUCCAUAGCAGUCAAUGCUACAGAUUUAUUAGAUGCCUUAUGGAUUCUUAGUGAGAGGAGUAAACAACACUUUAAUCCAAAGUAUCGUCUGAAAGUCUGUGAACAGGUUAUCAAAGCGGCAGCAUCGCUGAUAAGUGCAGCUGAUAUUCCACUCACUCAGCUUUUGAAUUUCAUUUCUACAAUACCUCGAGAGUUUACUGAUUGUUUUGGACCACUGAGGGCUACAGUUCAGAAAUGGUUUGUUCAGAAGAAUGAAUGUUUUGAGAGGAACACUUUGUUGGAGCUUAUUGAUUUUCCUACCACCUUCAUGAAGCACACAGGGGUAGUAGGGCCGGAUUUGUAUGAUGACGAUGAUGUGGGUGCGUGGGAAGCUGAAGCACGGAGGUGGUCAAGGGCCCUUCUUCUUGUAACCUCCGAGGAGCAGCAUUUUAAGCAAAUACUGAUGUUUCUGGAGAAAUGCGGUAACAAGCUUUCUGAACAUUCUCCCAUGGGAGAAUCUGUUCAAGUGAAGUUCUUUAUCCUCAUUUUCAGCUUGAUUGAGGAGCUUGAAGUGCAACAGAAAAAGUUUGUUUACCAAAAUAAUAUCAUCACAGAUGGAGGUUCAGAGUGGACAAAUGGAGUAGAGCACUGUGCUCUCAAUGAGAAGCUUGCAAAAUCAUUGCUUUCAGUUUUGGAAAAUAUGGUGGUAUUCAGCAAGCAAUCUUGCUCAGUUUUCUGGUUAAGAAGUACAGACAUCAUGGAUUUACCAUGUUCUGUUAAAGGAAAGCUUGGAGGUCCAAGUCAACGUCGUCUAGCUACCUCUAUAACCUCUUCAGUGUUGCAGUGUGUUUGGUCUAUGAGAUGCAUUAGUUCUGUUGUUUCAUGGUGUAAGCACUACACGUCCGAUGUUUCUCUUCAUUCUGCAUUUUCAUUCCUCUGGGAGUUCUGUUGGAAAGUUAUCCAACAUUGUACUAAUGCCACAGAGACUGGAGCUGAACUUCACUUGGCAGCUUAUGAAGCUUUAGCCUAUGUUCUAGCCGCUCUAUCUGCUGCUCCCAUUUCUGAUUUUCUGGAUUUUGUGGAACCAAAGCAAAUAAAUCGAGCCAGCAAAUUCUCCUGGGAUCACCUGGCCACCACUUUUCUUGGUAACAUUAACAGUCUCCUUACAAAUGGAGUUCUGACACGAAGCAGACGAGCUGUUCUAAUGUGUUGGAAGUGGCUUUGUGUAGAUUCCCUGCUAUCUGUUUCCUGCUGCUGUGAUGAGAAUGAAUCUCAGCUGAAGAGAUUAGGUCCUAUAUUUUCAGAUUCGACUCUCCGAUCCAUCUUUCUUGACAUUACUGAAAGUCUUGAAAAUGCUGGUGAGAAUUCUGUUGUAUCCAUCCUUAGAUGUGUGAGGUCCGUUUUGGGGCUUUUGCAAUUCAAUAUGAUGAAUGGAAACUUAUCCUCUUUGGGCAUCAGUUAUGAGAUGAUGAUGCAAUUGGUAGAGUCUUCCUGGGUCUUGCACCUUAGCUGCAAUAAACGCAGGGUUGCACCAAUUGCUGCACUGCUGUCUGCGAUAUUGCACCCAUCAAUAUUUCCCAAUUUGGAAAUGCACCAGACAAAUGAAAAAGGGAAAGGUCCUUUGAAAUGGUUUGUCGAGAAUCUUCUUAAUGAAGGUUCAAAGAGUCCUCGUACUAUUCGUCUAGCAGCUUUGCACUUGACUGGUCUGUGGUUGAUGUACCCCAAAACUCUUAAAUUUUACAUGGAGGAGCUGAAGCUAUUAGCAUUAUAUGGAUCCGUUGCAUUUGAUGAAGAUUUUGAAGCUGAACUCUCUGAAAAUCAUGAGGCAAGAUUUGAAGUCUCCAUGCUAGCGCAAAGUCCGAAUCGUGAAUUCACAGAGGUGUUCAUCAAUACAGAAUUGUAUGCUCGCGUUUCAGUUGCUGUUCUAUUUCAUCAGCUGUGGAAGCAAAUCAAUGAAAAGAGUUGCUUGGAGACUGAGGAAGCUCUCCAAUCUGGCAAAUUAUUUCUACUGAAACUUCUGGAUUCAGCGGUAAACGACAAUGAUCUCUUGAAGGAACUUUACAAAAAAUAUAGCAGUGUACAUAGGCGUAAAGUUCGUGUGUGGCAGAUGAUAUGUGUUUUAUCACACUAUGUAGAGGACGACAUUGUUAAAGAAGUGACAUCUAAUGUUCACACCUGCCUUUAUAGAAAUAAUCUACCUGCUGUCCGGCAGUACUUGGAGACAUUUGCUAUACUUAUUUAUUUAAAAUUUCCAACACUGGCUGAAAAACAGCUUGUUCCUAUUUUUCAUGACAAUGGGAUGCGACAACAGGCAUUAUCUUCUUAUGUUUUUAUAGCAGCAAACGUGAUCCUCCAUUCAAGGGAGCCGGUUGUCCAGAGAAACCAUCUGAAUCAACUGCUUCCUCCGAUAAUUCCAUUUCUAACAUCCCAUCACCACAGUUUACGUAGUUUCACUCAGCUACUUGUCCACUGUGUUCUAUCCAAGUUGUGGCCUAUUUUGCAACUCGAAAACUCAGAAGAUCCAUUCAUCGAGAGGAGGUGCUUUCAAGAUCUGAAAAAAUAUCUGGCAGAGAACACUGACUGUGCGAGGCUCAGGGUUUCAAUUGAAGGUUUCCUUGAUGUUUUUGAUCCCAAUACGUCUGGAACUCCUUCAGGAAUAUUUACUGCUCGCCCUGAGUCGUCUGGUUUUGAGUGUGUUCCAAUGUCAGUUUUGGAGCGAGUAAAUGACUUUUUGAAUGAUGUGAGGGAGGAGUUGAGACAUUCUAUGAUAAAGGAUUCAGUAACCAUCAAGAAUGAGGAUCUUGCGGUGGGAAAACAUGAGAUGGAGAAGAUAAUAGCUAGUCAAGAUUUCCAGAAGAAAAUCAUACCCCAGAGGGACAGGGACUGUUGUGAGGAAGGAUUGAGCAACGGUGCAAUCAUGGGCAACAAUGACAUUUCAAGAUUACUUUUCGAAAUAGAGGAAGACGACGAGGUGUUCAACUUAGCGGUGGAAUCGAGGAAGGAGGCUGCGGAAACAGUGAGGCGGAGCCAGCAAGAGUUGAUCGUGGUGGCGUCACUGGUUGAGCGUAUACCAAACCUGGCCGGGCUGACAAGAACAUGCGAGAUAUUCAAGGCAGGCGGACUGGUGGUGGCGGACAAGAGUGUUGCAGAGGACAAGCAGUUUCGACUGAUCAGUGUGACUGCGGAGAAAUGGGUGCCAAUGAUGGAGGUACCGGUGGAGAGCGUGAAGGUGUUCCUGGAGAAGAAGAGGUCAGAGGGUUACACGGUUAUCGGGCUGGAGCAGACAGCAAACAGCAAGCCACUGGACGAGUUUUGUUUCCCAAAAAAGACGGUACUGGUACUUGGGCGUGAGAAGGAAGGGAUCCCUGUGGAUAUCAUCCAGCAGGUGGUUGACGUUUGCGUGGAGAUCCCGCAGCUGGGCGUCGUGAGGUCGCUCAAUGUUCAUGUCAGUGCAGCCAUAGCUAUUUGGGAUUACACACGCCAGCAACGCCUCCAGUCUCAAUGACCAUGUGCCUUUUUUCUUUUGUUUCUGUGUACCUUUGUUCGGAAAUUUGAUCGUAUGCUCCAUUCAAUCUUACAAUGCGUACGUUUAUUAGAAAUUUUGAUCUUACAAUGGCAUCUGAUUAUUUGUCCUUGUCGUUGUAUCUGAUCUUAUGCUCCAUCUUACAAUGGUGAUUAUGCUCA